AUGAAGAAAUAAUCAUCUUAGUCAAGUAAGGAUCUAGAAGACAACAACUCAGAGUCUAAUUUUCUGAAUUUAUGUUGCUUCGAGGUAAAGGAAGCCUUGAUAUCAUUGUAUCUAAGCAUUAGACUCAGAGAUGAAUCUUCAAUAAACGAUUUGACUGAUGAGAAAUUUGAAAAUGAGAGGGAGUAGCUAAGACAUAUUGACAGCUUAGAGAUUAUUGAGCAUAUCAAAAAGACCAUUGAAAUACUGAUAUUCAUGGACGAGGAUGAGAUCAAGAAACAAGCAAGGAAAAAGCUUAAGAAAUCUGCUUCUAAAAAGAAUCUCAACGAUAAAAUAGCUCACAGUGAGGGCGACAGCUAUAAACAAGGAAGUUAAUAUUCAAUUGACAAUAGGUUCCUUAAUGACGACCCACUUGCAAUGAUUCUAGAUGAAAUUGGAAGUUAAAAAUCAACUAGCAAUACACCAUUGUAGGAUUCAUAGCGCACGAGUAACUCUCGUCUGCCGCGUGAAUAUGAAUAAACAAUGCAGAAAUACGAGAAGGAGAUAAGAGAUCAUAUAGGAGUUGAGAACUAAAUGAGGGUGUUUAUUGAGAAUCUGUAAAACUAAAUCGAAGAUGAAGUAAAAAAAGCAAAGUCAUAAGAAGAUAAGAUCUCUGAAAUCAAAAGGGAGAAACGCAGACUUGAUGAUUUGCUCACCAUUAGGGAAAAUGAGUUAGACAAGUUAUAAACAGUGAAAAAGGAGUAAGAGACGAAAGAGUCAAUGAUAAGUGAACUAGAAAAGAAAAUAAAACACUCAGAGAAAAAGCAUGAGAAAUAAGUCAUCAAACUACAAGCCGAACUCUCAAAGUAUAAACAAAGAUACGAUUAACUACUUGAAUAGCAAGCUAAUGAUUUGAAUAGUAUGGCAAUGCUAAAUAGCUUCGGGAAGUAGCAGUCUAACGAAUUACUUAGAGAAUCUCACGGUAGUCAAAAGAUAUCAAAGCUAAACUUGCCAAAUUCCCUGUAAGACACAAACAGCAAGUUGUUAACAAACAUGAAUAACCUAGCAACUAACUAAUCAAUAGACUCGAUUUUAAAUACCAAUCCUGCAUCUCAAUAGAAUCAAUACACUUUUGCUUUGGGGGACAAUGAUUCACUAGAGCAUUUUUAGAAGACAUAACAACUCAGUUUAAACAAUAAGCCUAAAACUGCAAGAUAAUUAGCUUCAAAUCUAAUGCAGGGGAGUUAGCAUUUGAAUUAACAACAGUAGCAAAUAUACUAAAUCCAAUAGAAGUAACUAUAAUAAACUUUUGCUUCAAAUGAAAUGAAUGCUUUGAAAUAAGAGUAUAAAAGAUAGAGGAACAAUAAAGAAUUAUCUGCUGAGAAAGCUCUUAUUAAAGCCAUUUAGAGUUAGCAGUAAUUUUUAAGUUAAUCUUAAAAUAACACAGUCAAUGCUCAACAAUAAAUGUCUUAGCAACAACAACAAAUAAAAAAUAAGGGCAAAAAUGGGAGUAUGGUUGAAUAUUAUCCUUCCUCUUAGCAAGUACAAUAGCUUAUUCAAGUCUAGGAAUUUUAAAAAUCACAAAAUCUAGACAGAACUCUUCGAGCAGGUCAAUAACUUAACCCAUAGCCCGAUGAAAUUAAUCUGUUGCAAAGCAGAUUACUGGAGUAUCAAAACUAAAUGAUUUUUAAUUAGCAACAAUUAGCCUAGUAGAAUCAUCAGCUAAAUUAGUAAAUGUCUGUUUAGUCAAUAAAGAGGAAAACAUCAAAUGGCCGAAACCACAGUAAUAUCACAAAUACUUAGCAAACAGUUGGAAAUCAUGUUAAUAGCAGAAAUGCAGCUUAGUAAUCUAGCGGAGAGAAGAAGCAUUUGACAAACUCUAAUCAUAAACGUUCGAAAACUUCAUUGAAUUUUUAUCCAACAACUGCAUCAACAAAUGAGAAUAAACAAACUAAUAGUAUAGCCACAGCUGCUAUGAAUUAAUAAUAAGUAGAGAAGGUGAGCAUUUUUGACCUUGAAAAAGAAAAUCAAACCAACGAAAGCAAGCCUCCUUAAAAGCAGGUUAAGUUUGUCUCACAGUUAAAGGAUGAUAAUAAUGCUGUACUUAGGUCUAGAGAUCAGAUGAAGCGUAAUAACUCAACUGAUGGACAAGGAAAUCAAAUCAAUGUCAAAGUACAAAACUCCAGAUAGAAUAACAAUACAAUAACGGAGUAAAAUACUUAAGAAUAUAUAAUGAACCAAUUUCAAAGUAAAACAUUAGACCUAAGAGAGGUAUAGUCAUUGCAAUAGCAUCAAAAUCAUUAAUAACUAUAGCAGCAUGUUUAGAUGCUACAAAAAUUUUCAACUAAAAACCCAGAUUUUUAAGCAGUUUAAUAGCUGAAUUCAGCCCGACUGCCAAUCUAUCAACAGCCCUCUUAGAGCCUGACUCAAUCAAUAAGAUAGAAGAGCAACGAAAACAGGCAGAACAGUUUGAAUAGCACUGCUACCAGAAGUGCCAAUGAGGGCUCAAGAAAAAAGAAAAACAGCUCUAACAACCUUGUUUCAAGCAAUAAUGUCAAUGCUAAUAAUAUGACUUUGAAUCAGAAUAUCAUGAAUAAGUCAACAAACUAAUUAGCUCACUCUCAGUCAAAUAGUAAUAUAGCAGCUGGGACAUAUCAUUAAGGCAACAUUCAAUAUUAAAAUUAAAGACAUUAUCAAGUUAAUGGAUAAAGCAAUAGCAAUUCGGUGCAUAGAGUACCCAGCAAGGAAAGUUUGCAUAGGCAAGCUGUCUAGUUCAGUAACCAGUCUCACGCAUUAUGA